AUGGCAAAGACCAAAGUAAAGAAGACCGGCACCUCAGUCCCUUCGCCUCCACAUGCAACUUCUGUCCAGUAUUUGGAGCUACUUCAGAAUUUAUCCAAAAUAUCUGAGGAAGAGGCUAUUAUUUUCAGAAAAGAAAAGAAUAUUUCCGUCGAUACUGGCGAUUCCAACGGACAAAGCGCAGAAAUAUUCAAACCGGUUAUCCGGUUCUCCGACUCUUCUGCUGUUCUUCCAAAGGGGCUUUUAAAGAUUUGCGAUGGGUUUGAGGAUAUCCCCUCUGCUAUUCAGAGCCAAACUUGGCCAUAUGCUCUCACCUUUUCCAAAUCUAUAGUUGGUAUUGCCGAAACUGGCUCUGGAAAGACAAUCGCAUUUGGCAUCCCUGCAAUUGCGAAGGUGAUUCACUUGUCAGGGACCAAAAAAAACGUGCCAAAUGGGAAGUAUUCCCCUGAUGUGCUUAUUUUGGCACCGACACGAGAAUUGGCCAUCCAGAUUGGAGAGACUAUCGAAAAGGCCACAGGCUUCCUUGAGAAGCCCAUCAAGUCGACAGUAAUUUACGGUGGUGUCGAUCGUUCGUCCCAAUUAGCCCAUCUCCUAUCCACAAAGCCGCAGAUUCUGAUUGCAACACCAGGUCGCUUAUUGGAUUACCUAUCUGAGGACGAACUAUCUUUGUUUACGGUCUCUUAUUUUGUACUUGAUGAGGCAGAUCGGAUGCUUGACAUGGGAUUUGCUCCAGACGUUAAGAGGAUCGUAAAUGCGAUGGAUUCCACCCUUUCUCGGCAAACUCUGAUGUUCUCUGCCACUUGGCCUUCGACCAUAAAGAGGCUGGCAGAUUCCCUGAUAAAGGGUCCAUCUGUUCGCAUCUCCGUUACCUCUAGAUCAGAGCUUUUAACUUCCACCGAUAAUUCACAAUUUUCCCCCUCUUCGUUAAAAGGAGGGUCUACCAUAAAGCAAAUAGUUACCGUUGUCGACGAUCAUCAAGAAAAAGAAAAAAUUCUUUUUUCAUUACUCUCCAAAUACUCGAGUGGAAAGAUCAUCUUAUUUGUCCUAUAUAAAAAGGAGGCAGAUAGAAUAGAACAAGUGCUACUGAAAAAGGGAUACAAGGUCAGUACAAUUCAUGGGGACAAGGCUCAAUCUGCUCGAGCCUCUGCGCUAGCCACCUUUAAAGAUGGAAAAAGUUUGAUUCUUCUUGCUACAGAUGUUGCAUCUAGAGGUUUAGAUAUUCCCUUUGUUGAGACUGUUAUUAAUUAUACAUUUCCGCUGACAAUUGAGGAUUAUGUUCAUAGAAUCGGUAGAACUGGCAGGGCCGGUCGCUCUGGUGUUGCGCAUACAAUAUUCUCCCCAUUGGAUAAGAACCACUCGGGCGAGCUUAUUGGUGUUCUUAGAAACUCUGGGCAGGACGUACCCCAGGAACUACUGGCUUUUGGUACCGCUACCAAAAAAAGAGAACAUAAAGAUUAUGGUUCUCACUACAAAGAGAUCGAUCCCAGCAUCAAGCCAAAGCACUUUAAAUUUGACGAUUAA